AUGAAACGCCAAAAAUCGCGUUCUGAGCAAAUGGCACCGGAAAUUAUUGAAGCUUUACCUAGUGAAGCUAAAGCAAUUUCUGGCGAUCAAUUUAUUGCGGAAUGUCGAGUAUUAGGCAAUCCAAUCCCUUCAAUUUGUUGGCUUCACAAUAACACAAGGAUCACCCCAAAUUCUGAUCAUAUAGUUUUAUCAUUUGAUGGUGAACUAUCCAAAUUAUUAAUCUCAAAAAUUUCGUCACUCGAUUCUGGACGUUACAUCUUUAUUGCUGAAAAUUCUUCCGGAACAAUUCGUUCGGAAAUGAAUUUGUUAGUUAAUAAAGCAAUUCGAGAGGAUGAUUUACUUUCUCCUAAAUUUAUUGAAUCUAAAGUACGUUUACGACACCAAAUUGAAAUUGGAGAUAAUGGAAUUAGUCAAAGAGAAAUAAUAUUACUUGCUGAGAUUAUAGAAGGCACAGAACCAAUAACAAUUAAAUGGUUUACACCAAACCGUGUCGAAAUAACUAAUGACCAUUUAAAUGCUUAUCGUAUUGAUCGUGUAGGGAAGGAUUCUCGACUGACAAUUUUUGAUGCGUUUCCUACAGAUACAGGGGAUUACAAAUGCUUGGCAGAAAAUAAAUUUGGUACUGCAAAGUGUAUAUUUGAAUUAAAAAUUAAUGAAAAAAAUAAUUUUAACUACAAUAUUGAACAAAAACCCCCUACUGUUUCCGCUAAACAAUCAACUAUUUAUGCAAAACAAGGACAACGUUUUGUUGAUUUAAUUUUUAGUGUUUUUGGGGAUGAAACUGUGAUAUGUUGGUAUAGGAUUGUGCAAGAUUCUGAACAACACAUAAUCCCUAACACUAAAAAAUAUGAAGCCAGUAAUAAAGAUAACGGACAAUGCGUAUCUUUGCGAAUUUAUGAUUUACAAAUUAAUGAUGCUAGUCAAUAUAAAAUUGUUGCAAUAAAUCGUUGUGGGGAGGCUUCUGGAAUUAUUAAACUUUUCGUUAACACAAACAUAAAUAUUAAUGAGAACAAAAAAUCAGCCUUGUGGUAA